GCCAUCUGUGGCCUGGAAGACCAGUUUAAUUAGUUAAUGCCAUACACUAAUUUAAGGAGUGGUAAAGAAGCAACCAGAAACAUGCGAAAUGGCUCUCAGGCCAAUUGGAUGGAUCUGUGGGGAGAUAAUGAGGAAGUUUGCUGGACAAGCCGAGAUAAUACAGAGAGCCACCUUGGAAAUUAUAGAUGAAAUUCGGGAGGAAUUUCCAAAUUUACUGAGACUAACAAGUUCAAACCAGCAAAACGAUCGCACUGUGAAGGAAUCUAGAUCAGUUAUGGCAAGGGUAUUCUCUUCAGCCCACGGAGUAACCAUUAGGAAUGGGCUAACUAAAAUAUCCCGGUCUUCAAAAUCAAUUGCUAAAUUAAUACAGCCACAACUUGCUAGAAAAUUGGCAGAACUGAAUACAGUCUCACGUCGUUUCUUGAAUACACUUAAUGGUCCCAAGCAACCUCUAUACAAAGUGAAGAACAGUUCUUUGUUCUUUUAUGAUGUCAUUUCCUAUCCAGCAAAGACUGCCCUCACCAGUGUAAUGUGUGUUUCUUAUGCAGCAUUAAUUUUUCUGGCAGUUUCCAUUAAUAAAAUACUUGGAAAGAUAAAAAACAUUGUUGAAGCAGAAAAAGUCUCCAGAGAAAGUAGUGAUAAUCUUGAUGCAGAUGGAUUUCACAGAGCCAGUGACGCAGCAAGAUGCAAUCCAACUAACCCCAUGCAACAAGGAUCUUCAGAGUUUAUUCCUGAGACAUCAGAAAAAGGAGGGAGCGUCCGAACACUACUUUCAGCUAUGGAUCAAGAAAAUUAACUGUAAUGCUCUCUUAAGAGUGUGCAUAUG